ACAGCAGCAAGUAGGCUGUGCUUUUAAAAGAGCAGUGGAGCGCUAUAAAAGUGCUUCCAUGCCCGCUCCAUGUGCGCACGACAGUUACGCACGCAACAUGCCCACUUGUGCUGAUUCACUCGUCUUUUCGUAAAGAUUCCGCAGGAUAAAGAGCAAUAACAGACAAUACGCGCUUUUUUUCCCCCACUGGAUGGGAUGCGCGUUUUAUUUGGUUAACUGCCUUUUUUUCUUUCUUUCUUUGUGCCAUCUGCCCCCACGAACCGAGCCGGAUCGCUGGAUUGUGAGCAGGACAGAAUGGGACCUUGCCCACGGAAGAGCGUGUCGGCGCUUUGCAGGAGAAGUUGGCUGUGGACCUGGCUGGUCCUCUGCCUGUGCGCUGUCGCUGACGGGACCUGGAAGACUGGACUCUACAAAACUGCCUCACACACCUCCGUCUACCAAAAAAAAAACUGGUGUCCUCACACAGUUACCAGGACAGUGAGUUGCCAGGUGCAGAAUGGGACAGUCGUGCAGCGGGUCUACCAGACGUGCCGCUGGCCACAGGGAUGUACGGGAGGCAGCUACAGGACCGUUGUCAGACCUUCCUAUAAAAUUGUAUACCGCACUGUGACCUCACUGGAGUGGAAGUGCUGUCCAGGAUUCAGCGGGACCGCCUGUGAAGAAGAUGCGAGGAAGCAGCAGGUGGCUCAGGAGGCAAUAAGAAAACCGUCCACACUGCGUCGCCCGCCUGCACGCACAGGAGAGCCCCUUUCAAACUGUCUUAACUGCAGUCGAAUCACAGCGAUGAACGACAGGCUGAGUUCACUGGAGGCUAAGGUUCAAGGAUUCACUGCCUUGCCGUCCGCAACACAACGCUACCCUCUGUCCAAAGGAGUUGCACAGGAGGCCGCCUUGUUGAAGGGGACCACUCCUGUCAAAGGGACUCCUGGUGAGCAGGGCCCCGCUGGUCCUCAGGGUGAAAAGGGGAGAGAUGGUAUUCCAGGCAGAGAUGGUAAACCAGGGUCCCGAGGGUUGCCAGGUCCCAGUGGGCCUCGGGGUGAGGCAGGGGUUAGGGGCCCAAGUGGAGCUCCUGGAUCGAAGGGAACCUCAGGACCUGCAGGCCCCCGCGGUCCUCCAGGACUACCAGGAGAGAGAGGUCUACCAGGUCCCCCAGGCCCACCUGCUGCUGCUAGUGCCCGCAUCCCAGAACCAGACAAUCGGGGAAAAGAGCUACUCUUCACCAACACGUUCCAUGAUUCUCGACCAGGACCUCAGGGUCCCCCCGGGCCGAAAGGUCCCCCAGGCCCAAAAGGCCCGCUAGGACUUCCUGGCCCACCAGGACACAACGGUAAAGCCGGUACCCCUGGAACAUCAGGUCCUGUGGGACCAAAGGGAGAGCGUGGAGAGAGAGGGCCUUCAGGUUACCAAGGAGAAAGGGGCUUUAGAGGAGAGCCGGGUGCACCGGGUCCCAAAGGAGAGCCUGGAGAGAAAGGCUUACCGAGCAAUCUAAAUGUAAGAUAUUAUCAUUUUUGUUAUCAUCAGUUCUGUGUUUUCUUGUCCUCUCAUGUCUUCUCACCUACCAUGUGUGUUUUUUUUGUACAGCUGGUCAACCGUAAUGAGUUUGUGUGUGAAAGCCUUCAGUCUCAAUGUGUUGUUGUGUUGUCGGUCCUCGGGGUGUGCUCUGGACUGCUGUCCUCUUGACCCUGACUCCCUCUGCAAGCUAUGGCUACCUUUCACGGUCACUUUGGCAUAUCUGUCAAGAUAGCAUCAGGACGGUCAGUCCUGUGUAGCAACACGACACUGCAACAAAGGCCCAAUCAUUGACAUGGCUAAAUUGAUCUUCCUUCUCCUAAGAUGAAAAGAGGACAAUGAAAGAAAAUGCAUAUAUGCCAAAUCACUCCAUGUACGUGUUGGUGGUGGGUUUAGACGUGUUGUACUCUGACGUGAGUGGAGUGGAUACAGCUACCUUCUUUUAUCCCAUCUUGCAACAUUGCAUGACAUCUCAUUUUACAUUAAUACAUAACAAGGCUGCUACAUUGGAAUAAGGCAAUUGAGCCUAAUAUUCAUGUAGUGUUUUUUAAAUAUUCUCACACUCUUUAUUGGCUAACACAAUUAAACUGCAUACAUAAAUACAUCGCUUGCUUUUUUGCGUUACUAACCAGCAGCCUUUCAUUUUUGCAUGUCUUUUUGUGGUGGUGAAUUGUGGUUGUUUAUGUUUUGAAGCAACAACAAACAUUUAACCCCCCAACAUCUAAGUAUACACUCAUUGGACACUUUUUAGGUUUUUAUAAAAGUUAAUAAAAGAGAACAGAGAGGUAAUAAUUUAACAAUAUUUAUUAUUGUGUAGUUAUUUUUUUCGAUUAUUUUAGUCAACCCAUUCAUCCAUUUUUUAUAUCGCUUGACCUCAUUACUAUCGCGGGUGAGCUGGAGCCUAUCCCAGCUGACACCAUCACAAAAUACUCAUUUUGAAUUAAUAUGUCUGACAUUUUCUCAUUUGAUGACCCGAUAAAAUACACCCAUUCAACAAAUAAAAACACUUUGACAGGAGUAAUAAUUAUUUGCAACUAACUGAACAACAGCUGUCACUGCUCUAAAACCAUAUUAAAAACAUGUUGUAUUAAUAUCAAAGUUAACAUGUGUGAUUAAUCAUAAAAAAUAUUGCAUUACUCAUGUAUUAACGCAGAUUGGCUAGAUUGCACACAAAAAAAGAUUUAGCGCCGUCAUCUGAAACUGUCAGUGAGCUUGGGGCCCAACUUUUCCACUACAGAGGGGCCCACUCAAAUAUUAACGGAGAAUUAGUAAUCUUACUCUUGAUUUUAAUCGUAUUUAAUAAUUAUAUCUAUCUUACUUUCAGUUAAACAUGUAAACAACAUUUUCGAAUGAUAUGAAACCAUGUGUUAUUCACAAAGAUUAUUAUUUAUUUACCACAUAAACCUUAGGCUCAAGUCAGGCUGAUUAUAAGUACUAACCAAAUAUACUGCAACAGAAGGGACUCAUAAAUAACUGAUGAAAAAUAAUUUGACAUACAAUUAUGUUGCGCUAAAAUAAAUAAAGAAAUAAUAAUAAUAUAUGUUACGUAUAUGUUACGUAAGUGCAAAUACAGCUUCACCACUUUAGUCAUAAUUUUUGCGCUUAAGAAACUUCUCUGUUUGUUUCAGAUUGUCAUUAUUGCCACAAGUGGUGGAAAAGUGUAUUACAUGUGAGUUCCGCUGGCCUAUACGGACCCCAGCUGAGAAACAGAUAUUUUUUGGCGGCCCAACAAUGGUCCAGAAACACUGGCCUAAACAACUGUAAAUGCAGACAUGAGUGCACUCAGUUAUGUUUAUGGGUGUGUUUAGUGCAUUGGUGUACAUCAGUACCUUGUUAUUUGCAAUUGUAUUGCAGAAUUGAUUAAAAUGUGAACUUCAUAAUAUAACAUUAACAAGUUUUGAUUCAACUCAAAAUGCUGGGGUCCGUUUUAUAGUUAAAUUGAAUUAUGCAAUCAAGUAAUCAAAAAAACAUUUAAAAUUUGAUUUUUUUAUUUUGUAUUAUUAUUGUUCUUUUUAUUUAUUCAUUUAAUUCUUAUUUAUAUUUGUGUCUAAAUUAAAGGGGAACUGCACUUUUUUUGGAAUUUUGCCUAUGAGACAAAAACACGCGUCUUUUUGGAGAUUUUAAAGAUGAUAUAAAUGUUUGAAAGAUAUGGCUAGCAGGAGUCUUCAAAGCCCUCUAAAACAAGUUAAAAACCCUCCAUCAACGUUUUAUAUACACACUGCAAGUCUAUAUAUAAUGUAGUAACAGACACGUUCAUAACAAUAUGUAAUAUGUACAAUAUUUACCAUAAUUUGGUCAUUUUAAUCAUUGUUGGAACUAAUUAUUCGCUGCAUUUAUUUCCGUUUUCCAUAGCAGCGCACGUCUGACUUUUGGCAACAACCCCUUCCAGAUACAAACACGCGCGUGUUCUAAUCAUGCCAAAUUUGUUUUUUUCACGGCUACAUACAUUUUAUAUUAUUAUAUUUAUUUUAUCUAAAUAAUUAAUUCAAUAACGUGGGUUUUUUCUACAAAAAAAGUGCAGACAAAUUCAAUUUAAUUGGCCAUAUAAAUAAUUUAUCUUUCACCCAGGGGUCCCUAAACUACGGCCCGCGGGCCGGAUCCGGCCUGCCAGCAUCCAAAAUCCGGCCUGCGGGAAG